UCUCCCAUAGUUAUCAGACAGAGUGGGAUAUGAUGGCUGCCUCCUGUAGCGCAGCAAGUGAGCUGCUUCAUAACAUCAAAUUAAUAGCUUAUCAAAAAGCUUCCAGUGUGUUAAUCAGACGAAUUAGCACAUCAAAGCUACAAUGCAGCAGUCAACCUCUGGUCAAAGCAGAAAGCGCUCUGCAGCAGCUGGUUGGAGUGGUUGGUUUGGAAAUUCAUGCCCAGAUUAGCUCAAACACCAAAUUGUUCUCCGGCUCCUCGGUUCGGUUUUUAGCUCCUCCGAACUCUUUGGUUUCAUUCUUCGAUGCAUCUUUGCCCGGCACGCUACCUGUCCUAAAUAGGCGGUGCGUUGAAGCAGCAGUGAUGACCGCACUGGCUCUCAAUUGUACCAUAAAUAAGAAGUCACUCUUCGACAGGAAACACUACUUUUAUGCCGACCUUCCUGCUGGAUACCAGAUCACUCAGCAGCGCCGGCCAAUCGCGGUGGACGGAUUGCUUACCUACAGCUUCCUGGGAGGGAAGAAGGGCAACCAGGUGAUCAGGAAAAACGUGCACAUUAAACAGAUUCAGCUGGAGCAAGACAGCGGGAAGAGUCUUCACGAUGACGCCAACAGUCAGACGCUCAUCGACCUCAACAGAGCAGGUAUAGGCCUAAUGGAGCUGGUGAUGGAGCCGGACAUGAGCUGCGGAGAGGAGGCCGCUGCAGCUGUCAGAGAGCUUCAGCUCAUCCUGCAGGCUCUAGGUACCUGUCAAGGCAACAUGUCAGAGGGCCAGCUGAGAGUUGACGCCAACGUGUCGGUACACAGACCAGGUGAGCCACUGGGAAUCAGGACGGAGGUGAAGAACAUCAACAGCAUCAGAUAUCUGGCCAGGGCUAUAGACUUCGAGAUCCAGAGACAGACUGACGUUGUGCAGAGAGGAGGGAUGGUGCAAAAUGAGACCCGGGCAUAUGACUCCAAAUCGGGAGAAACUGUUCCUAUGAGGGACAAAGAAGGUCUUCAGGACUACAGGUUCAUGCCAGAGCCCAACCUGCCCCCCCUGAUUGUGUUUGAGGACAACGCAUCGCUGCCUGCGGGUAUCGACGUCUGCCAGGCGGUGGUGGUGCAGACGAUAAAGGAAGGACUGCCAGAGUUACCCAGCAUCAAAAGAGACAGGCUAGUGCAGGCGUACGGCAUCCUUCCAGAGCACAGCUUCACUCUGGUGAAUGAGGAUGGGUUGAUGGAGUACUUUGAAGCGGUGAUGAAGUCGACAAAGAAGGAGACCAGGAAGGUGAUUGGCUGGGUGACGAAUGAGUUGUUAGGUCUUCUCAAGCAGCAAGACAUGAGCGUGAGUCAGAGCCCAGUCGGUCCUGCUUCCUUGGCUGAGCUGCUGGAGCUGCAGGAAGCGGGACACAUCUCCUCUUCUGUUGCCAAGCAGGUGUUCCAGGAGAUGUGGAGGUCACCGGGUAAGACGGCUGCGCAGAUCAUCCGGGAGCAGGACCUGGGGCUCGUUAGCGACGCUGCUAAGCUGCAAAGGAUCUGCCAGAAGGUCAUUGACUCACAUCUAGAUGAGGUUUGUGCCAUCAGAGGCGGAAAUAAGAAGGUUCUGAACAAGCUGAUGGGUCUGGUUCAGAAAGAGACCAAAGGCAGAGCUGAUCCAGUUGUGGUGAGGAAGAUUCUAGAAGAGAAGACUUCAUGACACCAUCAUCACUUAUUCUGAGCAAGCCAGGCACUGUGUAUCUGUGCGCUCAUAAUUACAGCCAGAUGUUUGCAGUUUGAUGAAGCAAUGAGACUCAUUUCCUGGAGCAGCUGUUUUGUAAAUACUAAAGUUUCAUUACACAACUAAAAUCUACUGUACUUCUAAAAAGGAUGUCCAUGUUUGAAUUAAACCAAUAAAGUUUCCAUAUUAUAA